GAAUCAUCAGACACAUCAGACAUUUUGUAAUGUUCCUUUUGUUAUGGUUCAACAGCAGCUCUCAACAGGUGGAUUUUCAGUCUUGAUUUGGAUCUCAGUGUUUCAGCUGUUUUGCGGUUUUCUGGACGUUUGUUUCAGAUUUGUGGUGCAUAAACGCUGAAUGUUAUCGUGGCUGAAGUUACAAAUUUUGCACACAAAAAAAAAAAAUCAAAAACAUCUGUUAAUGCAAAGUUAUUCCAAAAUGAUCAAUAUCCACAUUAAUAGUCCAGUUCUGCGUUGGAGGAAAAAGGGAAAGUUGAGGCUGGAAUAGAGAUUUUCCUGCAGACUGAACAGUUUCCAGAGUAAAAACUGAGCGCAGCCCUGACAUUCCUCCAGUUAACGUGAAUAAGCUCCUCGUGUAAAUUCUCCCAAGGGCCCCUUUCCUCCUUUCUCUGAAUCUGGGUCUCUCUGUGCCAUUCCUCCCUUUCUUUUCUCCCCGCUGCCCCUCAUUGAGCGCCCCUCUGUCCCUCUGCAGGCCCGGUGCCCAGCGCUGACCGAGCACACAGAAUAAAUAACCAGAUCCCCUGACAGGCAGCAGAGACACAGAAGACGGCUGGCACCGGUGCUGCUGGCCCAGUUUGGGAGUUUUUUGUUUUGGGUUUUUUCUUUUUUUUGUUUUUGCUGGGAAGCCUCAGUGACCCAGCUUUUGGGGGCCGCGGGUCUGCCGGGACUUCUGGUGUGGACGGACCGGACUCGGCUGCUGCUGCCGCUGGGACGGGAUGAGAGAUUAUUAGAAUUACAACCCGGCCGGGGACAGCCCGUUUUCCGCCUGAGAAAUGUCCACGCAGGGGUCGGUGCUGGCGCUCGGGAAAUGUCUCGCCUGCUUGGAGUUCAUGCUGUUUCCCGUGUGGAGGGGAAUCGGGGCCAGCAGCGCCGUCGGGUGGAGCCAGGGCUGGGGCCGCUGCUUGAAAUGGGAGCCCGGUAGCCAGGAGCGGGGCAGCAGAAUCCCGGUGUUUGACUAUCCAGUCUGGUUGGUGUUCUGCCGCCGGGGGCGUGCCAGGCUCAGGGAGGUGUGUCAGCGGGGCCGGGGCGCCAUCAGGCUGCCAACAGACCUGCUGAGCUUAAAACUCCCCCAACUCUUCGACAUCCAUCAGGUUCCCAAGGUGUUCAGGGAGGACAGCAUCAUCUCCGGCUACCGUCACCCUCAGAGCUCCGCCAUGGACUGCGUCCUCAGCAGCUUCCAGAUGAACAACGAAACCAUCAACAUAUGGACCCACUUCCUGCCCACAUGGUACUUCGUGUGGCGCUUCUUGGCUCUGUGCUCCACCAUGAACUUCCUGAACGACAGCUACACCUGGCCGCUGCUGGUCUACAUGCUGCUCAUCUGUAUUUACCCGUUCACCUCCAGCUGUGCCCACACCUUCAGCUCCAUGUCCGCAGAGUCCCGCCACAUCUGCUACUUCUUUGACUACGGAGCCCUCAGCCUCUACAGUCUGGGUUGUGCCAUCAGCUACGGUUACUACGUGAUGCCAGACUGCUGGGUGAACAGUUGGCUUCAUCAGCACUUCGUUCUCAUCGCCAUCGGGAACUCGCUGUUCUGCACCAGCAUGUCCUGUUACUCCAGAUUUGUGGAGCUGCAGUUCCCAAAGAGAAGUAAAGCGUUGCGAACCGGAGCGUUUGUGGUGCCGUUUAUUUUCGACACUGUUCCUCUGUUUUACAGGGCAUCCAUCUGCUUUUGGGGCGGCGGCACACCGAGCGACGCCCUUUCCAGUCACUGUUACCACCUCCUCUUCGCCUUCCUCACCUGUUUCCUGUUCACCGCCCACCUCCCAGAGAGGCUGGCCCCGGGGCGCUUCGACUACAUCGGCCACAGCCACCAGCUGUUCCACAUCAGCGCCGUGGUGGGAACCCACUUCCAGAUGGAGGGCGUGGUCGCCGACAUGACGUCGCGGAGGGCGUGGCUCCAGCUCCACGGGGCGACGCCGUCCUUCCUGGGGACCAUCGGGGCGCUCGCCGUCAGCGUCGCCCUCAACCUGGCCGUCAUCGGCAUCUUCAGCGCGCCGCUGCUGUGGAAAAGCCGGCCUGGCUCCGCCCAGCAGCACGCCCACAGGGAGCAGUGAGGAGGCGCUCCCAAAGCGCGGCGGACUCAUCGGCUUUCCAAAGGAAAGGUUUCCCAGUAGCGCUGGUUUCACAGUCCCUCUGUUGUCUUAAGUGUUUGUGUCUGCGCAGCGGCUGAAGACCCAGGCUCGGCUUCUGAAGCCUCGUCCUGAUGUUCGGGUCGAGGAAGGCUCUGGGUUGAAGGACGCCUGCUGCAAGUUUUUAAACCUCAAACUGGAAACAUUCGGUUCAAAUUGGGCGCAGUCUCAGAAUUUCUUUCAAAGUAUUCCUCCUAACUGGACAUGUCAGUUGGUCGGGUUGUUCUGCGAGCGCAGCGGCUCGGUAAAAUAAUGCAGAUUGGAUCGGCAGCUCUUAAACCUCCACAGAUUGAUUCCGCUCCUCGCUGACGGGAAUUGAUUUUCAGAGCCGUGUGGUUUAUUUUUUAUUUCUCCUGAUUGCCCGCCUCAUUAUAAACCACACAAUCUGCCCUGGAAGGGGGGUGCAGGGGGGUGCAGGGGGGGCAGAAAGUGUGGCGGUGAUUAAAAGACAGGUACCACUUUCACAACGUUCCGUUCCCAUGGCAGCGGCGGAGCGGCCUCUCGGUCCGUCAGGAAACUGAUGCUAAUUACAUUCUGACCUUAUUGACGUCCAGAGAACUUUAACGUUUGUUUCACACACGUUGGUGGGAUUCAGAGAAACGGACAAAGUGGAGUUUAUUUGGAAUCAUUGCCAUUCAUGAUCAUUUUUGUAGAACUGCAUUGAUGCAAAAACAUUAACGGCUCAUUUAUGCUUCGUAAAUCUCAACCCAGUUGACUCUUGUUUACGUAAACCACUGAAAUAAUUUCUUUUAAGAAAUUUUAAUCCAAGUGCAAAAUGUGAUGAAGAAGCAAGAUUUUCUCCUAUUAAUUGCAUUUAUCUUAAAAGGAUCGUGUUCUGUCUGCUCAUUUUUAUAACCUUAAUGAUCCUAAAGCAAGUGGAAAAAAAUCCAGAUCAUAAAGCUACUUUUCAUCUCAACCUUUUUUUAUUUAAAAAUAGUUUGCUUGACCCAGGAUUCCUGCUCUGUGUGGAAAAGCAGUGCAUUUAAUAUUUUCUGUCUGGAUGAGUAACGGGUUAAAAGUGAUGGGAAAUGUUGAUUUGCAGAAAUCAAAAGCUUUUAAAUACAUUUUUUGAAACUGUUGCAAAUUUUCUAUAUUUUAUCAAAGAAAAUAAAUCUAAUCUAAUAUGGUCAUUAUGUGUGCAGAGAUCACAUAUUUGUUAGAAAUAAUGACAAAUCAUGAUUGCUGCUCAAAUGAACCAUUUUUGCAUUGGAUCGUCUGAAUUCUGGUGUAAAGCUGCUAUUUUUGUUUGAUUGUGGCUGAAAAAUCUGGAAGAGAAAAUGCAAAAUUAGAUUUUGGCA